CAGAGGGAGAGUGUGCAGUGACCGAGCAGCAGGUCACUCGAGGUGACUCAGAUGGUAAAUAUAGAUCAGCUCUUUACCUCACAUGACUCCACACACAUAUGCUAACAUACAUGCUAACACUCACCAAGAUAAAGAUCAAGAUCAGCUUCCUACAGUCACACACAUACAGUUUGAACACUUCUGUCCUACACGGUGCAAAGGUCAGGCCCUGCUCUCCUCAUUUACAAACACACUUGAUUCUGUUUUAAAUCCACCUGAUUGAUGUCUUUUCUCCCUGAGGUCUGCCCUAAAGCUUCAGAGACACAAACAGAGAAAACAGAAAGAAAGAAGAGGAAAUAAAGAGCGUAGUUACCAGUAGGUGAUUCAUAUCUGUGGCGCUGUGUGUCGAGCUGCUCUGUCUGGCUUCACCCUGGCAAGGACACAGACACACACUUUUAUAAACACACACACACACACGCACAGUAUCAGUGUUUCUGAAUCUGAGCCAAACUAUGAUCUGCUGCAGAGACAGAAGUGUGAGUGCUCAGUGAUACACAUAGGAAAUACACACAGUUUAUAUUAACGUUGCAGCUGUAACCAAGGGCUGUAUUUGCUGCUGCAUGUGCUACAGUUAAAGUCAUGCACAGUUGAGUUUUAUGCAUCUUUGCAGGAUUUUGGGUCAUGCAGCAGAAUGGAGCCAAACACCGCUCAAGUCCUGGAUGCAGGCAGAGCUGCUGGAGUGAUGUAAGUUAGGCCUGUUUGUUUCAAAGCUUGGUCUGAAAUGUACACAGAUAAACACCUGUCAGGUGUGUCAAAAUGAGUGUUUAUUUCUCCAUUUCUCUAAAACAAACGUGAUUUUCUGAGUUUCACUUCUUGUUUUCUGUGAAGUUUGUCAGAGUGAAGUUUGAACAGCAGACCAGAGUCGCAGAAGCAGCAGUAGGAGCUUUCAGGUGAGCUUUCCAAAUCUUUGCUCAACCUCAGGCAUAAAUCAGAUUUAAAGACAAGGAAAAUAACGACAUGAUGAUUGUUAGACAUGAGCUGUUUGUUUUAUGGGUUUGUGUGUUUUCUUUUCUUUUCUUUUCUUUUCUUUUCUUGAGCCAGAGAAAACAAACUUUACUCCUUUACUCUGUUACUCCCUCAGUCUCAUGAGUUUUAACCCCUGACCUCUGAAUCAACUCUGUGAGAACAUGAAGAAAACUUCAGUUUGUAAACCAAAUACUUUGGCUCUCUCUAGCAAAGAGGUUGAACUUGACUGAUUCAUUUUCUGCUUGAUUUCGAAUCGAUAUACCACAUUGACUAAGUCAUAUCUUAUUGUUUUUUAUUGAUAGCUAAAUGAACCAUGACCUUGUUUAAUGAGUACCUAUAUUUAGUAAUGGUUGUUUGAUCAAUCUCAAACCGAUUGAUUUCAGAUCAAUAAAUCAUUAAAAAUGUUUGGUUGAUUCCUGAGUGCCUGACUGAUCUUUGAUGGUCAGAUUGAUCGAUCUCUGAUUUGUUAAUUGGUCUUCGUUUGUUCAGACGCCGCAGGUCAGAUUGUUUAAUCAGAGGAGAUGUGCUGCUCAGUACUGCCCCUGCUGGUCGGCCUCAGUCCUGCAGUUUUACUCCUGCUGCAGGUUCUGGAUUUAAGCACACAAGCAGUUCACCUGGAGGACUACAGUCACAGCCACCAAGGCUCUGAGUGGCACAAAAAGCAAUUCUGCAAGUGGAAAUGUCUCCAGCUCACCCUGCAGUGGCCCGCAGGCUUCUGUCAGGUCAGCUUUAUUUCUGACUUCUAUUAUCGUCAACAGUUUGGAUUUUUGGGCAUCUUUGUAUGUGAUUGGGUGAUGAAGACACUUGAUUUGUUUUUGAAGACAGGGACGAGGUAGGGAAAUGAAACAGGGGUCAAGGAUGCUGGAAAUGGAGAGAAUUGAAAGAAAGUAGGAAUCAAUGGAAGAACUAAGGAGGGAGAGAGGGUUUGAAGAUUGAAAUGGGGGCCAAUGGGUCUCAUGAAAAGGACGUUUGCUGACCUCCUGUCCUCUUGUCUGUAUCUGCAGUCUUUGAAGGAGGAGAGUCUUUGUGCAAUUCCUCAGAGUAUCAACAACUGGACCAUCCAUGGACUAUGGUAAACACCUCCUUCACUCUGAAUUUAGUCCUCUAACUUUGAAGAUUUGGACACAGACUGAAUAAAACACUAAGGGUGUCUAACUGGCGUCUAAAACAGUCAGACCUUGGCCAACUUGAUUUAGAAGAACUGACUCCAACUUAUUCGAUCAGAGAAAAUGUUAUUGGAGUGUUUUAACAACUGAAAUCCUAACCCUAACUCUAACCCACCCUAACCCUAACCCUAACCAACCCCUUACCAAAUAAAUAUGUGAAAAGUGUGCGGCUCUGAAAACUAAGAAACAUUCAUAUACAGUCAUAUAAAGAAGUUUGGGCACCCCUGACAAUUUCCAUGACUCUCAUUAAAAAAAUCAUUGGGUGUUUGUAUUAGUAACCUAAUUUUAAGCCAUCAAAUAACUCAAGGACACAGUAAUAUUUCAGUAGUGAAAUGAGGUUUAUUUGAUUAACAGAAAAUGUGCAAUAUGCAUCAAAACAAAACAAACUAGACAAGUGCAUAAAUCUUCCCACAGAUGAUCAAUGAUAUUUAAGUCUGGGGACUGCGAUGGCCAUUCCAGAACUUCGUACUUGUUUCUCUGCAUGAAUGCCUGUUUAGAUUUUGAGCAGUGUUUUAGGUCAUUGUCCUGUUGAAAUAUCCAGCCCCAGCUUAAUUUCAACUUUGUGACAGAUUCUUGAACAUUAUUCUCAAGAAUUUACUGAUAUCGAGUGGAAUCCGUGCGACCCUCAACUUUAACAAGAUUCCCAGUAACGGCAAUGGCCACCCACACAGGCCCACAGCAAAAUGGAACCUCCACCAAAUUUUACUGUGGGUAGCAAUUGUUUUUCUUGGAAUGCUGUGUUCUUUCGCCGCCAUCCAUAAGGACGCUUGUAAUGCCUAAAUAACUCAAACUUGGUUUCGUCAGUCCACAGCACCUUAUUCCAAAAUGAAGCUGGCUUGUCCAAAUGUGCUUUUGCAUACCCCAAGCGACUCUGUUUGUGGUGUGUGCUCAGAAAAGGCUUCCUCUGCAUCACUGUCCCAUAUACAGCUUUUCCUUGUGCAAAGUGUGCUGAAUUAGUAAACGAUGCACAGUGACGCCAUCUGCUGCAAGAUGAUCUUGUAGGUCUUUGGAGGUGGUCUGUGGGUUGUUUUUGACCAUUCUCACCAUCCUUCGCCUUUGCCUUUUCUUGGCCUGCAAUUUCUGGCCUUAACAAGAACUGUGCCUGUAGCCUUCCAUUUCUUCACUAUGUUCCUCACAGUGGAAACUGACUGAAAUCUCUGAGCUAGCAUUUUGUCACCUUCUCUUAAUCCAUAAUGCCCAGCAAUCUUUGUUUUCCGGUCAUUUGAGAGUUGUUUUGAGGCCCCUGUGUCGCCACUCUUCAGAGGAGAGUCAAAGAGAGAUCAACUUGAAAUUGGCCUUCUUAAAUACGUUUUCUCAUGAUUGCAUGCACCUGUCUGUGAAGUUCAAUGCUUAAUGAGCUCAUCAAACCAAAUAUGUGUUCCAACUUAUCAGGGUUAUGUAGUUACAGGUAUUCAAAUGAACACAUAAAUAAGAGUGCCAAAGUUUUUGCACAAUAUAUUUUGAGGUUGAAGGGGGGAGAAAAAUGUAUGUUCUGUGCAAUAAAUUUCUAAAGUUUGUCCACAGCUCCAUAGGGAUUACUGGAGGAGGCAGGAUUUAUGACCUAUACUGCAGCCCGUCACCAGAGGGUGCUGUUCUUGGAGUAGCUUCACCCAGCGAGGAGGCAGAUGGCGUCCAUUCAAUAUACAGUCUAUGGACGCACCUGAUACACCUCUAAAGGAGGUGUCCUUACUGUCUAUUUGAACCGGCUCCUUCUGAUACAAAGAGGCAACACCUCUAUUGGAAAUCCAUCUGAAUGUCCAAGCUCUUCUCUCCAAGGCUGGACCAUGACACCUUACAAAGGACUAUCAAAUUCACAAAGUUCAUGACCAUAGGUGAAGGUUGGAAGGUUGUGAGCAGCUGUCACACAGAACACAAGUUCUGUUUCUGCCAAUUUCAUCUAAGGUUAAACUGAUGAAAACUGCAGAUAUUGGAGCAGAAACAAACUUGCUAACAAAGCCAGCUCUGUGGAGAUCAUAAAUCCUCCUCCUCCUUUGCAGAGUGCGACUGUCUGAGUCAUGUCAGCUCUGAUCUGUCAUGAACUCUGAGAGUUUGUAUUAUUCUGCUGGUUUCAUGCUGUCUUUGUCCCUGCAGGCCUCUGAAAGCCUGGGGCUGCUGUUCCUGCUGGCCCAUGUUCCAGUCAGACAUCCAGGUGAGUCCCAGUCAGGACCAGAUCAGCUGGUUACCGCAAUAGAAAAGAGCAGGUGCAUAUGUUUGGUUUGUGAAUAAAAAUGAGGAUAUUUCAGGAGUGCAGGUGCUCUGAGGAGACUCAAUGAUUUCUUCAGUUUUUGCUUUUGUGUUUUCUCUGAUAAACUUUCAGCCGUUCUAAAAAGUUUAAUCAGCACCACAACGCUCAGCUGUUAUUCUGACAACCAAAGAAACUUUUAAAAGUUUUGUUUGUCUGACAAAGUUUAAAACUCUGGAAAAUAAAUGACAAACUUCAGGAUUUUGUUAUCAAGGAUGUAGGAAAGCUGAAAGCUGAUUGGCUGGCAUUUGUAUCUUUCAGGAGCUGGAGGUGGAGCUUAAUGAAUACUGGCCGUCCCUACUGAAGACAAGGUCCAGCUUCCACUUCUGGUAGGAGAUGCUCUGUCUGCAGAUCCACCUUUUUUUAACCUAUUCUGUUGAAUCUCUCAGUGCAAAGUAAUACCAGGCAGAUGUCGGGAACAUGUGAAAACAAAUGUCAUAAGAAUUGAAGAAGUUUCACAGGGAAAACUCUUAAAGAGGGUCAUGCUCCACUAGUUUUCACUCACAUCUGUGAUAAAUGUGUGUGCAGUUUCAUGUAUUUGGGAUCUGGGCUAAACAGGAGACUUUAAGGGUCACCCUGCAGCCAGAGGCUGUUUUUCUUUGUUUGGUUCUUUGUUUUGGUUUGGUUUGUAUUUACAGAAAACAUGCAUAACUCAUGUUAAUAGUCAUGAUUAUGAUGGCUGAAGGUGUGUGUGUUGUAGGAGGGAGGAGUGGGAGAAACACGGAGCAUGUGCAGCCUGUGUUGAAGGGAUGAACUCUCCUCUUAGAUAUUUCCAGAUCAGCCUUAAACUACGACAACAGUUUGACAUCCACAGGUUGGUGUGCACACACAGUUACUGAAGUUAUGGGCAUUAAGAUUCAGAUACAGGAGGAGUGGUUCCUGCUGCUGUUAUAAAGAGUUUUAUUCUGAAACUGCUCACUGGAGCUUUAAAGUCAGAGUCAACUAUUUAUUUUGUUUCUUCAGAGUUCUGGAAGCUGCUGCUGUCACUCCAUCCUGUGAUCGAAUGUACAAGGUAAGAAACCCCAGACUGAGAAAAACUAUGAGUUAAAAUCAGUUCCACCUGUUUGCUUCAUUUAUUUUAUGGAAAUGUUACCAGGAGAGCCAGGAGAGGAUUCUACAGGGUCCUCCAGGGACCAGAGUGUAAGGGUGCAGGCAGGUUUCCUUCAGCUUUUCAGAUUUCUUUUCAUGACAGUCGUGUGUGUGUGUGUGUGUGUGUGUGUGUGUGUGUGUGUGUGUGUGUGUGUGUGUGUGUGUGUGUGUGUGUGUGUGUGUGCAGGUUUCAGAGGUCCAUCAGGUUCUGGCUCCACACCUGGGGUUGCACCACAUGAUCCAGUGUGUCACGGACCAGCAGGUCAGAUCAGAUCUCUGAAUCUGGUGUCUCUCUCUCUCUCUCUCUCUGUGUGAUGAGGUCCAUGCUAAAUUAUAUUUUCACAGCUGAAUGAGGGGAUUGAAAAAGAAUUUAAAAGAAGGGUGAGGGUGAGUACUGUAGCCCUGAAGGCCAGCUGCAUAAACACACUCCAAGACCACAAACCAAAACUUAAACCUCUGCAAGCACCCGAUCUGCUCUGAGUUACACUUUUUUUUCCUAACUUUUCAUAGGAUAACUUUAUUAGGGAAAAACCAGACCUAGAAUAAGACGAUGGCCACAUUUUCUGUAUCUCAGGGUUAUACUCUAACAGCUUUUAACCUAACAUUUGAGAUACUUCAGCUGCACUUACUCUAACUUCCUGUAUCUGCUGAAAGCUCUGAUUGUACAGACAAAACGCUGAAAACAUCAAAACAGACUCUUAACUGAGUAAACAGAUCAACCUAACCACAAAAACAUGGAUUUGGUUCUCUGUCUGAUCCCAAACAAAUACCCACAUGAUAUUCAGUGGAAACAGGAGAGUGUGAGAGCGUUUGGGGCUGAUAGGAGCAUGGAAACAUAUCACUUGCCGUGUAAUAAAGCAUAUCAUCACUGUCAAACUCAAUGUCAUUAUCUUUAAAUGAAAAGUCUGGGAUCCAGAUGUCUCAAAAAAACCCUGGUUAGGAUUUUGAAUCAUCCACAGAGGACAGAUGGUUCCUAUAACUUUUCAGUCCAACAACAAGAGGAUUAAGAGGUGGUUUGAAAAUAGAAACUAAAGGACACUUGAAAAUAAGUCAGUAUAUCCUUCAUACUGGAAUCCUGGACUUUCUCACAGUUCUGCAGUCCAAACGGGUCUAUUUAUCUGAACAGACAGGAGUCAUGCUGAGAUCACCACAGUUUGUGUCUGUGUGGUUCUGUUCAGUUUGACUGCAUGUUUAUAAAGAAGGCUGUCUGUUCCUCAUCACUGAGUUGCAGUGUGGAGAUGAAUACACAUCACAGUCAACAGUUAUUAACCCACCCCGGUGUACACCAUCUAAAGACCAAAAACUGAUGUUUGGUCAGAAAGACUCUGUUAUCUCCAUGAAAUCUAUUAUAUUCUGUUUGUGAAAAUCUAUGUUUUAACUCAUUUUUAGAUCUACUCUGAUCUUUUACCCAGUUCUUUUCUGCUAAUUCUAUCCAUAUUUAUCUCAUUAUUUCUUAUAGGAAAAAAAAAGUUUCAAGUACCUCUAUUCUCUUCAAUUCAGCAAAUCUUCUGUCUUCUAUUCUAUUUACUUCCAUUUUUUCUCUCUUCAAUUUUAAUGUAUUCAACUGUAUGAUAACUAUUCCAUUCCAUUCUGCUUUAUUAUAUUAUUCCAUUAUGUUCUAUUUUAUUCUACUUAACUUAAAACUAUCAUAUUCUGUUCCACCUAUUCUAAUUACACUGUUCUAAUUUUACUAUUUUGCUUAAUUCUUUCAUAUUCUUCCUAAUUUUAAUAUAUUCUGUUACUCUAAUUACAUUUUUAAUUUUCUUCUUUACUCAUUUCUAUUCAACUGGUUCCAAUUCAUUCUGCUACAUUUUAAUGUUUUAUUUACUCCUUUCCUAUUUCCUGCUUCACUUUUAUCCACAGUACUCUGCUUCACUUCAGUCUAUUCCCUUCUACGCUAUUCUAUCCAUUUCUAAUCUAUUUUCUAAUCCUCUAAUUUCCUAUCUACUCUACUCUCUCUGUAAUGGUUGCUAGUUUCACUCCUGUCUUUGACCCCCCCAUCCCCAUCCCCACAUCACUCUUUUCUUUUUCCUCCCUCAGGGCAGAGAGGUGUGGUUCCAGGUGAAGAUCCCUCUGUCCCACAACCUCACCAUCGGCUGUGAUCACUAUGGCGACACUGACAGGGACUCUGCAUCCAGGUCUGGCCUCAGACAGAACACGUCUCCUGGACACCCCUGCCUUGAUGAGGUCCCUUUUUACUACCUCCCCAUUGACCAUCAGCGACCUCAGAGACCCUGUGACUGAUGGGACGAGGACCCGUGCACCUUCACCAGAGCAGCAGAUAAUUUUGAGAGUUUAGGACUGUACUGAGUUAAAUAUUUACUAUGUCUUUGCUUUUUGGUUUCUACAUGACAUCCUUCACCCGAUCUAUUGGAGCCAUGUCAUCUUUCUCUGUAUGCUCUGACCUUUUUUAGACACCUGUACAUGUCUUCAUGUAAAUCCAUGUUUCUUUUUUCCAUUUUAAUCUUGUUUUUGCCAAAAUAAAAAAAACUGAGGGCUAACUGAAGGCUUGCACAGUCUACAUGAAUCAUUUAACUGUUUCCAAACCAUGUUGAAAUGUUUCAGUCUUUUUUAGAUGUAGGAGUAUUUAACAAUUCACAUCUGGGAAUAAUUAAAAAUGUUUUGGGGUCCUCCAUUCAAUGCGUUCAACACAUACUGACAGCUCUUACAUAACGGACUUCAAAUGAUCUAUUACAUGAAGACUGUUGCCGUGAAACACAUUCCUACACACACCACUACACUGAGUCCUUGUGUGAGAAAUUAGAUAUCACCUAACAUCCAAUAACAGUAUCUGUGAAAUGAACACACAUUUCCACCAGCUGUGUGUAGGACACCAGCAACAGAAACACCAAGGAUAGGGGAGUGUUUCGGUUUCCCACUUCAGCUUCCUCAGAGGCAGGACCGCAGAGAGCCGUGAGACAGAGUUCAAUUACAAGUCAAGAACAGAAGUUUAUGUGUAGAUGUUCAGGAGCUAUCAUCCCACAGAUACACUCUCAGUUUAUUUAUUAAGGAGAUGCUGUAUUAGAAUCAGAGUCCAGUGCUCUUUUGUCGGGGACCCUUUAGUUACCCACCUUCUUAACUCAGCUGUCCUGCCUGUGUUAUUUCAGAUACCUUCAACUAGAAUUACAGAAAUUGAAAAUUAUUAUUUUUUUUAAUUAUUGUUAUUGAAAUUAUGGCUCAUCUCCGAGUUCAUACUUCCAACUAUUUCCAUCCAGUGAGGACUGAAAGUCUGAUGAGAGACAGAUCCACCUGGCAUUUUCACUCUUCCUGUAGCACUCUCAAAAGUUUGGAGGUCUGUCUGGAAACAUCCUCAAUUAUUUUUCCAGAUGUUUGAAUUUUACAAAAGUUAAGCCAAACCUCCUCUGAAAUGUUUUUUUUUAAGAUUUUAAAGAUCCUAAUCUGGAUUCAGAAGAAAAUCUGGAAUUCUGCAGAACAUGAAGAGACUCCGGAAAUCUGUCAGAGGCGCUGCAUGCUGUCCAAGACUUAAUACUUAGAUAAAGAAGUGCUCACCUGGAUUUCUUCAGCAUGACCAUGCUGUACAUCUGUGAAGGAAAGACCGAAGUAACCCACAGAUCCAACAGACAGACAUUAACUGGUUCACAGUUUAUUGACGUUACAUUUAGUUUUCUGACCUUUUUCCAUCAGAAAAAUCAAAAGAACUGACAAAUCAUUUAAAGAGCACUAAAAACAGACUGAGACCACUACUGAAGAUGCAGAAAAGGUAACAAAAAAGGAAAAAGUAAAGAGGCAGACAAGCCCGAGACAUCGUUCAUGGGUGUUCAGAGAGACACUGAAGGGGGGUUGUUUGCUGAGCUCCAAAAACUCAUUUCUGUUGAACAAUAAAAAACCUGUUAGAGGCUGUGUGUGUGUGUGUCUGUGUGUGUGUGUGUGUGUGCGCGCGCCGCUCACCAAAAUGAUAAAAACAAAACUCUAGACAUCCCUGUCAGUUUUUGAGCCAACAAUACUCUCACUACAGUCUGCAGUGUGUGUGUGUGUGUGUGUGUGUGUGUGUGUUUCUUGUGAUAGAGUCUCUGUGCCCAUGUCUCUCCCCCUUAGUGCUCCAAGCGUCCCAGGAACCUCAGGUUGAGGAUCUUCAGCUGGUCAUCCAGCUCCAUGCGGACGAUGCCAUCAUCUCCAUCAAUGCUCAGCAGGAUCCCCGUCGCCUCGCGGUCUUCUCCGAGAAUCACCUUCACCUGGACGAGAAGGAACCAAUCAAAGUUUGGUUACAGGUAGCUCUCUGGACACUUCUCCUCAUGAGUUUAAGGUUCUUAAAUAUUUCUAAUACAUUCACAGACAUCAGCUAACAAUGUUUGAGGGUUUGAGGCUGAAGUAUAUGGGAUUUUCACAUAUUCAGUUUUGUUCAUAAUAAUAGCAGUGUGUUUAAAAAGGUAACCUCAAAAUUCUUCAAAUAAAUUGUAUUUCAAUGAACACAAAUGCAGUGGGGACACUGCACAUUCUAUUCUAAAGCAAGACAAUUGGAAAAGUUAUUGAAUUUGAUAUUUUACAUAAAGUCAAGAAAUAUUGUGUUAAAAAAAAUAGCAGUGUCGAUAUCUUUCUUUACAAACUCAAAAAUGUACUGUAUAAACUAAGCAAUGCUUGAAGAUUUCACUUUCCUAAACGGUUCCUUGCAGCCAAGCACAAUUGUAUUGUGUUUCACAAUUCCUCUGAAUUUCUUGAUUUUGCCUCAUGAACAGCAUUGUUUAUGUCACCCCACGAGUUUUCUAUGGGAUUAAGGUCCAGGGAUUGUGCUGGCUACUCCAUUACUUGAAUUCUGUCUGCCAUUAUGAUUAUACUCUGAUCCUUUAAACAGUUGUUUUUCUUUUUCUUCCUCGCCUUUCGGGUUUUGGCUGCCAUUUCAAAGCAUUUGAUAUCAUUUUAACUGAACAGUUUAUCAUUUUCUGCACUUCUUUAUAGGUUUUCCCCUCUUUUAUUUAUUUCUUAAUCAAAGAACUCUCUUCUUCUGAACAGUGUCUUGAAUGAACAAUUUUACUCUGUUUUUCAUGGACAAAUGCACAGCCAGCAUAUACAGCGUCAGUUGCCUUGAUCCUUAAAUAAGGGCCACCUGUUUAAUAACCUAUUUCUUUUCACAUAAUUAAUGACUUUACUAAUUGAACUCAGCACUGCCAUUUUCUUGAACACACCCCUUUCAGUAAAUGAUUCAGUUUCACAGAAUUAGCAGCAUGCAUGUCAUGCCUGUUGGGUCUGUUGGUUUUCUUUACCUUUACUAAACCUUCUAGAAAGUUACCUGCAGUGUAGAAAUUGAAAUUCUGUUAAAAACAGUGAUUUAUCUUGCUGGUGAUGUGGGACUGCUAUUAUUUUGAACACAACUGUUUAUAAAUGAAAUAAAACAAAGCAAGGGGGAGUUCUCAUAUUAAGAUGAUAUAUAAAUGAAGAGUUUGAGCAGCAUUUGUACUUCCUGAAUUAGUUAAGGUGCCAAUCUAAUGCCAAGUUUCCUUUUCAAAAGCCUUGAACAAAAGUUUGGAAUGAUGACAUUUAACCCUUUCAUAUCUAGCUAGCUCACUCUUCAGCUGAACCAGAGCUGCUGAAUAUGACGAACAAUCAAGACUUGUGUUAUUCUCCAGAUAAAUGCAGAACAAAGAGGAAAAUCGAAGGACAGACCUCAGUCUAACAAAGAUGUGAUUCCUCUUUUCUCACAGAGUUCAGUCACACAUGCACACGCACACACACACGUCUUGAAUUCUGACCUCAGUGCUGGAUUAAAAGUGCUUUGGGGACUCUAAAUCUUCUGAACUUGUUACCAAUGAAAAUGUGAACUGUUUCUGUUACCUUGUUGUUCUUGGUCGGGGUGACGGGCUCCAAGUGAUCACUGCUGAUACUGACGACCUUCUCCGACUCCUGCAUAAACACUGAGCACAUGCCCCCCUGAGGACAGACACAGAGACACAGGACCACUUUAAGCUGACGCAGUAAGGGUUUUGUUUUCAAAUAAAAUUAAACUCUUAAAACGUGUGCUGUAUAUCAAAAUAACAGAGACCAGGCCUGUUGUUUACACCAGUUUUAUACUACUGACAAAUAUCCAGAAUAAAAAUCAAACACAAAAAGUCCAAAAUUUUACAAAAAGUCUCUGAACUCUGUAGUUUUAUGAUCUCAGUUUAAAGGGAUUUGUCACUUUUGCCCUCAUGAGUGUUUCUGUCGAUGAUUUUCAAGAUGUGAAACUUUUAAGUUGUCUGAGUUAUACUUUGAUGGACUCUGUUUGAGAAGUCUGAAACAGAAUUAUGCCAAAACACUUACUCCAUGACCGAUGCCUUGGCUUCCUGUAGGUAAAAACAUUCAGAGCCCUCUACGUUUUUUCAUUUCAGAUCCAUCUAAAGUAAAUAAUGGUUUACAAAUGUUGCUGAUGUCAAUCGGCACUCUUCAGUAUUUUCCUUUCUGUUGCUCCACAAAAUGUUCUUUCUUUAGAACUAAAUGAGGCAGAACCAGAUGAAGCCUUCAAAAGGAAAUCCAGAGUGAGUCUCAUUAUCAAGUCUAAUAGGCUGUAUUCACCCAGCAGCAAUCUGGGUGAUCCAACCUUUAAGGUCAAGUAUUCACAGAUGCAGAUGAACAUGUUGCCAAAUAUGAUGGAGGUGCAAGACCUGACUGAUGCAGUUACUGCCUCACCAAGAAAGACAUCAGUGGGGAGGAGGGCUGAUUAAAAAGCUAAAAUGGUACCUCCGAGAAAUCCAGUUACUUGAUUAUCAAAAAACCUCCAGGAAAAUCAUUUGCAUUGAGGCUUCAAUUAAUAUACAGCUUUCUGGAUUUGGGGAUAUACAUGACAUUCUGGGCAUGACAACUAUCAGACAUAAACUCUGAGGCCUGUACUAUGAAGCUGGAUUAACAAAUCCAGGAUAACUCUGCGACAACUCGCUCAACUUCACCGGAUCUCCGCGAUCCCAAUCAGCUGUACUACGAAGCAGGAUAUCAACUCGAUGACUGAAUCCAGUUCAGAUCUGUAUGCGCACACGUAAAGGGGGUCGGGUCAGUGCCACCGGACCAAUCUCCACAAUGGAGAAGGCUGCACGUCAUUUUUCACAGCUGAAGAACAGAGCUUUAUUUAAACAGUGAGACAGACACAGCCACUAAAAGCCAGAGGGACUGCCGACAAAAAAAAUCACCGGUUGUGUAAAUUACAUUUGUGCGUUCAUAAAUUUAUGGCCCCCUAAUAUAUUGUCAUGCAGCGUGUGUGAUCACCACCAUCAUUGACCUCAUUAUUUCAGAUAUAACAGCAGUGGGGAAAAGAGUACGUGGGAGCAAAUAAAAAUAAAUCUAAAAACAUCCUUUAAAGUAGUUUGUAAGUUUAUUGGAAGAUUUUAUUUGUACAUAUUUCAACACGUAAACAGUGAUUUCCUCACACUGCCUUUUUUUUCUCCAUCAUCUGAUGCUCACGUCAUCUGCAGACACAUUUGGGGUUAAGAGUUUUCUAAUCUGCUUCAAUGAAUUCUGAAAGAUGACUAACAAAUUUGAACCUGGAGCUUGGCAAAUAUUAGUGUAUUGCUUAGACUUCAUGCUACCUGAAUAUUGAGGCCGUCCGAGGAAAACCUGUAACGUUCAUAGAGAACGUCAUCAGGUAAAUCAAACGGAUUUGAACGAUCAUGAAUAUAACGCUCUCGGCGGAGCGCUCCUCUCACUAUCCGUGCAACGAUGUCCCCGGGAUCCAGCAAAAGUGGGCAAGCCAUUUUCCAAGAGAUCUGAUUGGUCAGUGGGCGGUCUUUUAUACCUGCUGAGAUCUUAUCCUGAAACAUAACCUGCUCCGGAGCAGGUUUGGCGUUCCGCGUAAGUUACCGGGGCAACGGACCCGGAUAAAAAGAGAUCCACCUUCGCAGUACAGAAAACCCAGAAGUUAUCCAGAAGUUAUCUCGCUAAGACCAAAUCCAGCUUCGUAGUACAGGCCUCUGAUCGGCCUAACUUGCAUUUACAGUCUGGGUGGUCACCGUUGGUGGAAACCUCACAUGGAUAAAAACGACAGGGAGUUUGAGCAGCCUGCACAGGUGUCAUCUAUGUGUGGGAAAGCUGCACUAUAAAAACACUUCUGUUGCAUCACUGAUUUCACACUGUCCUGGAUUUAUUUCCUCUUUCCAUGCACACUGCUACCAUACUCCUGUGGCGCAUUAUUAACAGCGUGUGGAGGCAUUGAUUAGGCUCUCUGUUUCUGCGUUACAGAGCUUGAAAUCAGUUCUCUGCUUAUCAACAAACGACUUGCUGAUAACAUAUGCUCCUCCUACGACUCUUCCCCUGCUUCGUAUUGAAAUAACCAUCGUUUCAUCUUCACGGCGCACCACAUUUGGAACUUGGUGUGGAACCCUUGGACUCUGAAAGUUGUCCAGAACCAGGUUUUUCCACAGCCACUUUCAUGGUUUGAACUUCUCAAGUGACCCUGAGGGUUUAAAUAGAGUUGCUGGUUUCUUAAGUUUUUUUUAAAUCUGCUGAAGUUCUUCCUCCUUCAAGAAAAAAACCUUGAAGAGUACAGGUGAAGCCAAAUACAAAGAGAGUCAGUUCACCAGACAUUUCCCCUCAAAGUUUCUCUCUUCACUGCAAAGCAGAGAUUUCACACUGUGAGAUGGGACAGACUUACAUAAAACAAAAGUGCUCUGUGUGUGUUUUUUUACCGUGACGCUCCUGAUCACUCCGAUCUGUCCCAUCAGGUCCAUGAAGGAGUCCUUAACCCGGACCAGGAUGUCGGUGGUCACCCAGUCGCUGCUGCCCUGCUCGAUGUUGGAGCCCGGGGUGUGAGGAUUAUAUCCUCCAGGAGAGGGCGCCCCGGGUGUCAUCGGACUGUAACCAACGGGACUGGGACUAGGACUUGCCUGUGGGAGCAAAAAGUCACUGAGUGUGUUUACAUGGACCAAAGUGACCAAAGUGACCACUGUCUCAUUUCUGGAGUUACACAGGUGUAACAAAUAUCUGAUAUUCUUCACUGGACUGGAUUAUUCAAAAUCUGGUAACACUCCCAGGUUUCGGACGGAUAAUCUGUUUUAUGUGGAUCAGGUUUACAGGAUGAUCCGGUUUCUUUGGUGCUAAGACAUCUGCAUAAGUAAAGGAUGUGGGCAGGAGCAGAAAUGGAGGAAGAUGAAGAAACAAAAUAACAGGGCAGCAGCAACAACAACAACUACAAAAACAACAAAACUAAAAGCUCCACAAACUGAAGGAAAUUCUUCAAUCCCCAGAGCAGAACACACAAAGAGAGACAGUUCUGAGCUAAAUGACCUAAAUCACUAAAAACAGGCUGAAAUGACUCCCUGAUGGCUUGAGCAGGAGCAUAGGUGUGAAGUCAUCUGUGGAUCUUGAUGAACGUAACAUUUUGGAGUGGCUGUAACCAGUGAUGCCAGUAACACAUUACUUAGUAACGCGCUGGUCUAAUUAGACCACUUUUUUCCGUAACAAGUAAUCGAGUUAUCUAAUGCGUUGCUAUUUCCAAACCAGUAAUUAGAUUUAACAUGUGUGCAUAACUAUUUUCUCUCACCCCCCUCCCCCCCAAAAAAAUAUAUUGUUUUCAUCUGGGAGGAGUGACAUCAGUUACAUAAGCGACAAGUCACGAAACAACCUAACUAAAAAAACACUCAAUCACAAACCACUCAGGUGUAAGUCAUAUGCACACACAUGAAGCAGCCACGGCAAAACGAACAUAAACAACAAUGGAGGGAGGAGAGAGAUGCGCGUUCUCAAGCUUAUUUUAUAUUUCAUUAAAAAGAAUUGUUUAUGUUUUGUCAGUCGAGGCUAUCUUUACUUAAUAAAAAAAUACAUGUAUUUUUUGACAUUCCUGUUGAAAUUACACUUCCGAUAAAGUGAGUGUUGGAAAGAAAAUGGUUUUUAUUUACAUGUUGAGGCUGCUAAAUGUAACUUGUAAUCUAACUUUGUUACUUUUAAAAUCAAGUAAUCAGUAAAGAAACUAAGUUACUUUUUAAAGGAGUGAUCGGUAAUCAAAUUACAUUUUAAAAGUAACUGUGGCUGUAACAUUAAAUCUUUGUCUUAACUUUGGUCAUAGGGACCUUCUUCCUUGCAGCAUUAAAGUGGGAGGGAGUGGACUGCUGGACAUUGAACAGGAAAAAUUUCACAGGUAACUAAAUCAUGGUGAUGGAGAAUCUGGAUUUGUCAAGACGGCUAUUUUCUAAUAAGAGCAGAAAUGGAAACUUGCGACUCUGAUCUUCUGUUUUAUUAUCAUUAAAAUACUUAAUCACUUAGUUUUCCCAGAAGUCGCUUAUCUGCAUCAGUCCUCUCUCUGUUCCUCUCCAGAACAGAGAGAUCACGUAAUUCAAAUACUGGACCUUCAUUACUUUGUCAGACACUCCUCUUUAGGCUGAAAAGUGCACGGACACAAACAUUAAGCUCAGUUUUUCCGUCUUGACUAUAGUUCAGGGUAUCCCUGACUGUAUGAACAACUGUGACUGACAAGGUUUCACUUCAGUGACCCGACAGAAAGUCCUGAUCAGUGUUUGCUCAGAUCGCAGAUGUAAUCUCCCGUAGAGAAAAAGUAUUACAUAAGCAGGGUCUAGUUAAACUGACUUCUACACCUCUGGCAUGUGGGCAUCAACCUGCAAGAAGGCUUGAAGCCUGGCGGUGCUCGCUCUGCUAACCUCUGCUGAGUUGAUCUGUGCUCAGGUUUGGCUGUUUCCAGAUUUUUGUUCUUACCUCUAAACUUGUCAAGAUUAAAAUUUUUGUUUUUUGAGACUAAGAGUACUCACUUCAGAGCAUCCCACACAGCUUCCUGAUGCUCCAUGCCAACAAAGUUACUGCUAUCUUACAGGGUAGCUUUAGCUGCAUUUGUACACCACUGACUGUCAACGAACAGUUAGGUUGAGGCCACAUUUCCAAUAUGUUGGCAGCUGCCAAAAGGCUUCAAGAGUGAAACAAACACUGGCAAACAUCGGUUAUCCUGAUGAUGAAAACUGAGCAGCCAGCUUAAUAACUCUGAAGUUCACAGAGCAGUCUGUGGUUCUCAGUAGUCACACUGAAGAAUCUCGUACCUGAUAGGCCAUUGGGGAGGGUGUUGGAUGGUAGCUGGCAGGAGAAUGUGUGUUCUGGUAGCCAACUGGUGAGGGUGCCACCUGGUGGUAGCUCUGAGGACUGGGGCUGGGCUGAUAGGAGCCCUGAGGCGACGGGGCCGCGUAGGGAGAAUACUGCUCAGUGUUAUACCUGAGAGAAAACACACACAAUCACACAGGUAAGAUAAGAUUAUCAAAUCUAAAAAACUGUGACUUUUAGAAACAGAAAGCUACGUUUUUAAAGGGUCAUUCCACAAAUUUUAAUUCUUCAUUAUAUAAGAGCAAAGAAACAUUUGAUCAUCUGAAAUAUGGGAAAAGUCUGGAAGUUUAUUGAGUGACUUUUAGACACAUUCAUCUGUCACUAAGGUCCAUGUUUUGCCAUCCAUAGGUAACCACAUCUGUUGAUACUCACAUAGCAGGCGUGCCAGGUGUCUGAGGAUUGUACUGAGGGUUGACUUGUGGAGAUGGGACUUCUGGGUAACCUGGGGUCUGGGGGUUGGGGGUCCCGCCGUAUCCCUGAGGGGAUGGGGAGGGCUCAUCAUCGUAGCCGAAGUCGUACUCCUCAUCAUUCCUGGGGGAGACAGACAGAAAUGAUAAAACUGAGGAUAAACAGGAAAACACACUGAGCUCUAAAUGAUUGUGUGUGUUUGUGAGUGUCACCUCGAAGGUGUGUUGGGGUUGCUGGGGUCCCAGGCUCCACUUUGACCUGGCGUCCUGCUCCCAUCAUGUAGUGGGGUCUGAGA